AGAGCGAUUUCAAUCACAGACGACUGAUUGUGACAAAGGCGACGACUCAAGUCCCUUUGAUCCGAUUAUUCGUCUCUCCUAUAACCUCGACCUCUCUUGAGAUUUCCUUCCUUUUAUAGAUAAAUUGUGAGAAGACGACGAACAUCGAGUUCGAAGUUCUAUGCGACUUGCGCAAGGCCAAUCUUUAAAGCCUAGAAUACCUCGAAGGAGAGCGCUUGUAACGGCAGAUUUCAAACAUAUUCCAAAGUUCACUGCUGUGGCUGCUUCUCUGCCAUCAUGGCGGGAGAUAUGGACAAUGAUACUCGGGGCUGGAUUAUGUGUACCGUGAGUGGGAUUGCCUGCACCCUCGGAGCCAGUAUUAUCUGCAUUGAUAUACUAGUCCGUUUAAUACCGAGCAAGAGGAAUUUCAGGAUACAGGACAGCGGUGUCUUCCUGGCGUCAUCAUUGAGCUUGAGUUUCGGGGUCAUGUCAUUCUCCGCGCUCUAUAGCAUGCUUCCAUCCUCGAAGAAAUACCUAAUAAACAGCGGCUACUCACCCGCCGACGCUGCUUGGAUCCUCCUGGCCUGUUUUACGGCUGGCUUUGUUGGAAUACAAAUCUUAUCGAGAGCCCUGCACAAAUACAUACCGUCACACGAGGUGGAAUGCGAUCAUAGCCACGAAGAUGGUCAGGAGCACCAGGAACCAAGCAGAUCGGCAUCCUUUGCGGCCCACAGCAGAGGCCGACCAUCGCAACCCUCUAACGGAAAGGGAAAUAGAAAGACGGCCGAAUCAACACCUUUAUUAGCCCCUCCAGAACCAGAAUCAAAAUCGAAAUCGAAGUCGAAGUCGAAGUCGAAACGGAAGCAGUCUCCAAAAUUUGCACUGCAUUUUGGAGGCGACGGGGCAGGUCAAAGUCGUCGACGUGGCGAACCCACUGACCGGAGGCCUUCGAUGAUCGAGGUUCAAAGGAGAGUCAUGUCUUUUGUCAAGGAUACCAAGUCCAAUUGUGACUCUACAGGGCCUUGUUUUGGGUACUCUGAUCCCUGUGGUCAAGAAUGUCUCAAGCACCUUUCAGCUAGGCCAUCGACAGUUUCCCGCCCUGGGAUUCGUCGACCAAGUUCCGGAUUCUUUGACCAUUCUCCAUCCGAGUGCCGGCCUCCUUCGGAAAAUGGGGUAGCUCAAAGCGUAGCCAGGCCGACUAGUUCGAACUCGCGUCAAACCAACGAUGAAGCCUGCGAGUCAGCAGAUGAAGAUGACCCCGAAGCCCAACACCAUCACCACGUCCCCGAAAAUGCCUUCAUGAGCAUCGGCCUUCAGACUUCGAUUGCUAUUGCCUUACACAAGCUCCCAGAGGGCUUCAUUACCUAUGCUACCAACCAUGCCAACCCAUCCCUUGGAUUCUCCGUCUUCAUGGCGCUCUUCGUACAUAAUAUUACUGAAGGCUUCGCCAUGGCAUUACCCCUAUAUCUUGCCCUCAAGUCUCGCAUCCGGGCUAUGUUCUGGGCCUCCCUAUUAGGCGGCAUCUCGCAACCCCUCGGUGCUGGUAUCGCAGCAAUUUGGUUCAAAAUCGCUGGAACAGAAGGCCACAAGCCUGGCGAGGCGGCUUAUGGCUGCAUGUUCGGCAUCACUGCUGGCAUCAUGGUCAGCGUCGCUUUACAACUUUUUGUCGAGGCUUUGAGCCUAAACCACAACCGAAACCUGUGUAUUGCAUUCGCCUUCUUCGGAAUGGCGAUCAUGGGUGCGAGCAACGCACUCACAUCAUGAACAGAAGCAUGACUAUAACUGCAUUGUAUGAUUAACGAACAAAUCAUGAGAUUGGCGUUUACGGUUAGAAGAGAUGAGAUUGCGUUGAUUGGAUAUUAUUAUGAUGGGUGGGAGCGUUUGCCUGGUUAUGGGCAUAGCUUGGGUACGGAGUAGAGAUUAUCAUUCAGUUGAUUAGACGAGUCUUGAGAUUGCAUAUCCAAUGGAAUUCUUGAAAUCCUAG